UGUAGGCUAUAGGCUACCUACAGUCAUCUCAGUAGUUUUUGAGCAAAAAGGUUUUUAAUAGGCUAGUCUAGUAUUGUUGUUGCCACAAUUGAUUUAGAAUAGAUCUUGCAACGGGCUUACUUAAAGAUUGACUGUAUGAAGAAGGAAAAUCUAUCAAAAAUCUGUAGGCUAGGCCUAAUACUGUUUUUGUCUUGAUACAUAGCCUACCCUUAAACACAAAUAAGCUACUAACGGAACGAAAGCUCAUGUGUGACGCAAGAACGCCUUGUCUUCGAUGUGGGAGGAUGCGAACGAAAAAUUCUGUCAAACCACAGACAUGCAUCCGCCUCUGCAUGAUAAUGAAUUCUGAGGACUUCGGAUUUUGUUCUAGCCUACUUACAGAUAUCAGGUGUUUCACACUGUAGCCUACCCCAAAUGUCAGUGUUAAUGAGUAUUUGGAAUAUGCUAAGUAUCUGUGGCACAAUUAGAAGUAGCCUGGCUAGCUGAUUCUUUUCCCUAGCGCCAGUGAAAUGUUCCGAGUUCUGCAGCAUGAAUAGUCGUCCAUGAAACGGAUUCCUGUGCUACAUUUUCAGAACAAGGAUGCAUUCGGUUCAUCAUCCGUCAGAAUGUGAUUUCAUUCAUAUCUCCUUUACCUUCUGACUUCAGACUAAGGUUUAAGGGGAACACAACAACCCGGUACGUGCUUCUCAGAUUUGGACCAAGCGUUUUUUUUGCAUGCAUGCCUUCACUGCGAUUUAUCCAUAGCCUACAAGCACCAUACUACGUUGAUCUAGACGGAAAUAAUAUUUUUUUAGCAAAAAUGCUGAGCAACGUUCUGCUGCUUAGCGUCUUAACUGUGACCAGUAUGUCAAAGACAGAAAGCAGCCAAAUUGAUCAAGAUAUCUGCAAGAAUCUUUGCUCUUGUGAGGAUAAAGAAAAUGCUUUGAAUAUUAACUGUGAAAACAAGGGAUUUACCACGAUCGGUCAAAUCCAGCCUCCGCAGAACAGAAUAUCGCAGCUCUUUCUGAAUGGGAAUUUUUUAACACGAUUAAACACAAAUGAUUUUUUUCACUACGGCAAUGUUACAUCACUUCACCUAGGCAACAACGGAUUGCAGGAGAUCAAAACAGGAGCAUUUUCUGGUUUAAAAAACCUCAAGCGCAUUCAUCUCAACAACAACAAUCUGGAAAUUAUUAAGGAAGAGACAUUUUCUGGAUUAGACAAUCUGGAGUAUUUGCAAGCGGAUUAUAAUUAUAUUAGCAUCAUAGAAGCGGGAGCAUUUAACAAACUGAAUAAGCUUAAAGUCUUAAUUCUCAAUGACAACCUAUUGCUUUCUCUCCCCAACAAUAUAUUCCGCUUCGUUAUGCUGACGCACUUGGAUUUAAGGGGGAACCGGUUGAAAAUGCUUCCAUUUACUGGUGUUUUAGAACAUAUUGGCGGUAUCAUGGAGAUUCAGCUGGAAGAGAAUCCCUGGAAUUGCACUUGUGAUCUGAUUCCACUGAAAGCCUGGUUGGAUACAAUAUCAGUCUUCGUUGGUGAUAUUGUAUGUGAAACGCCCUUUCGCCUGCACGGAAAAGACGUCACUCAUUUAAUCAAGCAAGACCUUUGUCCCCGAAGGAAUGUAGGCGACUCAUCUCACCGCGCUAUGGAACCUUCCUCUGAUUCGCAGUACCACAUCCCACUUCCCACAUUACGCGCACGCGUUACUCCAACGAGAGCUCCAAAAGCAUCCCGUCCUCCAAAAACGAGGCACCGUCCCACACCGCGAGUGACGUCAGGUAAAGAUAAACAUGUGUUCGGGCCUAUUAUGGUUUAUCAGACACGCGCACCCCUGCCCUUGACUUGCCCAAGCGUUUGCAUGUGCACAUCUCAGAAUUCCGACACCGGACUGAAUAUUAACUGUCAAGAACGGAAGCUACAUAACAUAUCAGACUUGCAACCCAAACCGUCCUAUCCAAAGAAACUGCACUUGACUGGAAAUUAUUUGCAGGUUAUAUAUCGAACCGAUUUGAUGGAAUAUAGCUCACUUGAACUCCUGCAUUUAGGAAAUAAUAGGCUUUCUAUUAUUAUGGAGGGGGCAUUCGAGAACCUCUCCAAUUUACGAAGGCUGUACUUAAAUGGCAAUUAUAUCGAGAGUCUGUCUCAGUCGUUAUUCAGUGGUCUUCAAAGUCUACAAUAUCUGUACCUGGAAUACAAUAUUAUCAAAGACAUUUUGCCACAAACAUUCAAUGCACUUCACAAUCUACAAUUACUGUUCUUGAAUAACAAUUUGUUGAGAUCCCUUCCCGAUAACAUUUUCGCAGGAACAAUGCUAACCAGGCUUAAUCUGCGAAACAACCAUUUUUCACAUUUGCCGGUUCAAGGCGUCCUAGACCAGCUCUCUCCUUUCAUUCAGAUUGACCUCCAGGAAAACCCAUGGGACUGCACCUGUGAUAUCAUUGCCCUGAAAAACUGGAUGGAGUUGUCCAGUACGAGCGUGGUGGUAAAUGAGAUCACAUGCGACUCGCCUUCUAAACAUGCUGGCCGUUUACUCAGGUCUUUGCGAAAUGAUGCAAUAUGCACCGAAACCAACCAAGUUACAGCUACCAAGCAGCCCGGACUUAAUGCUUCUUCAAGUACUGAAGUGACCGCUCGCUUUCUAAAUAAUGCCACCCCCACAGAGAGUCAUGUAGGCCUACCUGAAAUACACGCCGAUGUGCCCUUGUCCGUAUUGAUAUUGGGGUUGCUGGUGGUAUUCAUUCUUUCCGUUUGUUUCGGAGCUGGCUUAUUCGUCUUUGUCCUGAAAAGACGCAAAGGCAUUGAAAGCAUCCACACAAAUGUGAACAAUUUAGAUGUGAACUCUUAUCAGAUACAGUACAGCUCGUACAGCAUAGAGUCACGAGGGGACAAGAUGGAUACUCAUGAAUACACCUACGUUCCUCAUGUGGGCCAGAUGUGUCAGAAUCCAAUUUAUAUACAGAAAGACAGCAACCACGUUGCGUUUUAUAGGAAUUUGAAAGGACUCUCCUUCAACACCACUGACCUCAGAAAGGACGAGGUAACACAGAGUCCUACUUUUUCUAUUAGCACAGUUGAAUAUCAGUCAUGUAGCAACAGAGACCCUGAACUUUAUCAGAAUAUUGGGGAGAGAGUUAAGGAACUUCCUACCGCUGGACCCCUGAGCUACAACUUCAGCACAUUGCCCAAAAGAUCCGUAGUGCCGUCAUACGACUCAGUAAGGCGGAACAAUCAGGAUCGUCUAAACAAAACGGCACUUUAUGGAACACCACGGAAAUAUUUUAAUGUGCAGCCUAAAAGCGACCAAACAUGGCUACACGGGAAAUUUAAAACACAGCCGGACUACCUUGAGGUUCUGGAAAGACACACUGUUAUGAGUCAAUUGUAAGAUAACUAACAUAAUUUCCCCCUUUCACGUGUAGGCAAUUCCCCCAAUAAAGAGUUUAUUGUUUUGAGGAUAUCAUAGUAGCCUAAAUAUUUCUACAUUUAAAUGCUUCCCCCCUAGAUUUGAACGAUCAGUUCAGAUGACUCUCACAUAGACUGGUGACUGACUUCAUGUCCAAUGCUGCUUAGUGUUUUGUCUGUUUUAGGCCCAUAAGCAAGGACAACAUGGCGAUAUUCCUGGUGGAGAUUGUGAUACAUGACUUUAACUGGUAACCUAUUGUUAACAUUGAUGGGCUAAUCCAGAAGUGGCCUAAGCAUUCUAAAUAUAUCAUGAUUGCAUUCUUAGAGAAAGAGAUUUUGUGUAUUAUGCUAUAUUUUAAUCACUGUAUAUUAUAAUUAUUUGUUUAUGACAUUAAACAAGUUGACAAUGUCCAUCUAUGUAUGUUUGUAUCUGAAUAAAAUAAACUUAGAGAUCUAGAAAUACCAUUUUGGAUGGUGAAAUGAACUAGAUUUGUUUACUAGGCUAUAUAAUAUGAGGGGGAAAACAUAUCCUUACAUUAGCUACAUGGAUUGAGGAGGCAGAUCAUGAUGACGUGGUAUAUACCAACAGGUUAACAAUUAGGCCUAUGCUAUUUCCUUGCAUGCUAAGGAAGAUUUGAGAUAGUUUGCUUCUGCCAACAAAUUUAAUAAUAUUGGAUUUACUAACAAGUUGCUAUUCAUCUGGAGGUAAUGCAUAAUGUUUGGGGAUCGUUUCUUUAUGAGAUGAUAAUUUUCUAGCCUAAAUUGAAAAGCUGCAGUUUCAGACUUCAGACUAUUUUGUUGUACUUCCAAAGAACAAUGAAGAGUCAUCAUCAAAAACAAUAGUUUAGUGUUGAAUGCAGUGACCAUAUAGCCUACCUGUCUUGGUUUAAUAUAGGAAUUUGCUUUUAAAUGGGUAAAUAUCUCUAAUUAUUGAUGUCUAGACUGAUGGUCGCGGUUGCAUUUAAUCCCCAUGGUGAAAACUAUUACACACC